UGGUGUUGUGUUUUGACAGUGUAAAUUGUGUCUCAAAAUGUCACUUAAACGAAAACUAACACAAGAUGAUUUGCGUAAAGCGAUGAGUGAGCACAAAAAGAAGUUAGGUGUUGUCAAGAAAAUCGAAUCACCUUUAGCAAGAUAUACAGAUGUAGGUCAGCUGAUGUGUAUUUUAUGUAAAGUUAUUGUGAGGAACGAAACAGCUUGGCCAGUUCAUUUAAAUUCAAAAUCGCACAAAGAAAAUAUAGAGUUAGCAAAGAAAACAAAAUUAGAACCAAUAGCUCCAAAGACUACAACACACAUGUUUAAAAGGCCUAUAUCUCCUUCUCAAGAAGUUUCAGCAAAUAAGAAAAUAAAAGGAAUAUUAAAGAAUUCCUCACCACAGUCAACACAAGUAGCAUCUAGUUUGCCACCAGAUUUCUUUGAUAAAUCUCCUAAACAACCCAAUGGUUCUACAGCAUCAAAUACAUCUAUAACAACACAUAGGUCAGGACAUAAUAAAGACUCUUUGAAUGAUAAAGAUAUAAAGCCCUUUGAAACAGAAGAAGAAAGAGAAAAAGAUAAAAACAAAGAUAUAAAUCCAACAAUCCUUCCAGAAGGUUUCUUUGAUGAUCCAGUUCUGGAUGCUAAAGUACGAAAUGUUGAAUAUAAAAAUCCAAUAGAAGAAGAAUGGGAAAAGUUUCAAAAAGAAAUUAAAGAGGAAACAGCACAGUCUGCACAGAUCAUUGCAGAUGAUCAGGAGGAAGCAACUACAGAAAGACAACUAGAUGAGAUAGAAGAGCAGAUACGACAUUGGUCUAGGGUAAUGGAUCUUGUAAAACGUAAGGAACAGGUACAAGCUACUGAUAGGAAGCAAAAGAACGCGGACGACGAUGUCUCCAGUGGAGAUGAGGCUGAUUUCGAUGAAUUUCUCGAUUGGAGAGCCAAAAACUCAUACAAAUGA